AUAUUAUCAGUGGAUGUUCGUAUGUCUCCGAACCAAAACCAACCAAGGAUGUGUCUUGUUUCGCUAAUAUUUCACGAUUAUAUUUUACAACAGCUUUUGAUUUUCACAUUAAAAGAUAGAAAUCACUUACAUGGACUGAAAUGUAUACUGUAGUUCUAAAUAAUGUGAUUUAGUCCGCUCUUAACCCUUGUUCAAUCCUUCUUGAAUAACAGGGCUUAACCAUCGGUUAACCAUAAUGACUAAAUAAGUUUGUUUUCUUUAUAAACAUACACAAAUCUGAAACAUAGUUCAUUUGGCAAUUCAGCUGUGAUAAUUUAUGUUUAGUGUGUUGUAGCCCUCAUAACAAAAUUCUUUCAAAAGAAUUGAAAACGAAACUGCAUUGACCUUAUAAAUAUAUAAAAUUGUGAAAACUAAGCAAGAAUGUUUAUUUGGAUAACUAUAAUUGUGAAAGGAUAAUUCUCAAAGACAAUAUGACGGUUUAGUUCACCCAUUCAACGCGUCGAAUCACCACAACUUUGUAAUUGAAGUGUACAAUUAAUCUAAAGUAUGGAAGGCCGUUAAUCCAUACUUGUUGGAAUGAAGCUAUUUUCCUAAUCAGUUCUUCUCAAACUGGUUAUGUUACGUAAGGUCUAAAAUGAUCGAUGCUGAAGGAACCCAACCAAUUGUAGGAGGAGGUGGUGAUGGAAUUGAGCCCACGGCCAUUGAGGUUGCUCGUGGUUUGCAGAGAGUUAAAGAAAACAUAAACGAUGAAAAUGUUAAAAAAGACUUGCAAGACAUUAUUUCAAAAAUUUGUCAUGGAUCAGUCCAGGAGAGAAGCCAUCAUAUUUUGACAGAGAAUAUAAGGAGUUUUGUUUCUAAUCUUGGAUCCAGUGUGCACUUUUCGUUAAAUCAGACCAAGCAAAUCAUUAAAACCAUUAUUGUACUGUGGAGUAAGCCUUCUAUUGCAAAGCAUGUGAUGAAGGAGGUUUACAAUGAGGAUAUUGGUGAAAAUGAAACAGACGUUCCGAAAGAUCUUGAAAACAUGGAUGAAAAAGCAAUAGAGAUUUAUUCAAGAGCUCUUAAAGAUGGGGAAGAGGAAAUACGGAAUAUUCGACUGAUGGUUUUAGGUAUGUUUGGUGUGGGAAAAACUUCUCUUGUAAACAAUCUGAUUAAGGACUUUAGAGAGAAAAACAUAGUACCGGUUAGCACCGAAGGCAUUGACUUGCACAGAUGCCAGCUCAUGGAAAAUGGUGAUUGGUGCUUAGAUAAAGAACAUAAAUUGGCAAAAUACAUAUCUAGAUUCAAUAAAGUAACAAUUACUUCAGUGUCAACACUUAGUGUUCGCGAUGACUCUAAGAUUAAACUUGUGCAAGACGCACCUGUUGCUGGUGAUAUUCCACCUAUUCAAAGUGAAUCACGAUCGCUGGAAACUAUUAAGGAAAGUGUUAAAGAACAUAAAGAAGAGGACAUUAUAAAAAAAAUACUUCCACUUGUUGAGUUGCAAAACGAAAACACACCAGAACCAGACCUUACACAAAUACCUUCUAAAACAAAAAAAAGUACAACUGUGUCUGUUUGGGAUUUUGCAGGCCAAACACUCUAUUAUUCUACUCAUCAGUUUUUCUUAAAUAAACGGUCGAUUUAUUUAGUUAUGAUGGAUAUGACAAAACGUUUAGAUGAUCAUGUAAAAGAAGACGAUGAGGAAAGUGGAAUCUGGUGUGGUUUAAUGAAGGACUGCACAUAUUUGGAAGUCUUCAAAUUUUGGCUUAAUGCAAUCCACAUGUACAGCGGUUAUCAGUCUUCAGUAGGACGUUUGAAGCCAAGUAUUAUUUUAGUUGGCACACGUAAAGAUGAAAUGAUGGGAAACAGCGAGGAAAAAGAAAUGAAAAAGGAUACUUUUUUUGACGACGCACUGCAAAAGGCUUUUGGGGAAGAUUCACCAAUAUUAACUCAUAUUCAUAACCGCAAAUUCUUGGUUAAUAAUUUGUCUCCACAAGAUCCAGUUUUUCAUGAGUUACGAAAGGAGAUACUUGCCUUAGCUGAGAGUCAAGAAUAUUGGGGUGAGAAGAGUCCUGUUCGAUGGAUUCCUAUGGAACAAUCAUUGGAUAAAUUGAGAGAUGAACGAAAACAGCUCCUAAAAAUGGAAGACAUACACCAAGCAAAUAAGUCAAAUGCACACCCACUUGUUGGGGAUGAACUAGCCUUGUUUUUGGACAUUCAGCACAGGCAUGGAAACAUUCUGUAUUUUAACACAAACAAACUCAAACAUCUAAUUGUUCUUGCUCCACAAUGGAUCAUUCAAGCAUUCAAAUGCUUUAUAACGCAUAUACCGAAUAAAAACCCAAGCAACACGGGUGCGUGGAAAGAUUAUAUGAAUCUUGCUAUUCUUAAACCAGAGGUUUUCAAUGAAAUAAUGGACAAAAGUGACAGCACAAUAGGUGACAACAGAGUUGAUGUCAUUAAUUAUAUGGAGCAUCUUGAUGUCAUGGCAAAGCCACUUAAACUAGAAGAAGUCAAAGAAGCCGGUAAUAAGGCCGCUGUUCACCAAGUUGAAGAAGAUAAAUUGGAUGCUGUUGUACAUUUAAAUACCAAAUAUCUUGACUUCCAUAUUGUUCCUUGUCGACUGAAGAAACCACCACCUCCGAUAUCCAAAUUUACAUCACCCAAAAUUAAGAAAAGAACACAGGUUGUAUGCUUUGUUUUUUGUGAAAAGUUUAUGCCUCCGUCGUUCUUCCAUCGACUUGUUGCUGUGUGUAUUCGAACUUGGCGUAUCAGCAAGGAAGGCGACGAAAACCAAUUAUACAAUGGACUUGCUGUGUUUGACCUUCGUUCAGCAGCAUAUACUUUGACCAUCUGGUACAAGGACCACAUCAUUUAUGCAAGAAUAUCUUAUUUUACAAAGAACCCCAUGUCAGAUAUUGAUGUCACAUUAUGUCAAGACGUUAGGCACACUCUUCGGAUGAGUUUGCUCAAUUUUGUUGGUCAAUCUGUGGAGAAUCCUAGGACCGCUACUGCAUUUGAUGAGUACAUUCAGUGUCCAUUCAUGCAAGAGUCUUUACACAAUAAGGGCAUGCUACGAGUGAAGAAGUUCAUGUAUGAAAACGAACUAAACUGCAAGUCGUGUAGUCCGCGCCAUACAGUUACACGAGCAGAGGCUCUGAACUAUUGGUUCAAAAACAGAUUAGAACAAGCAGACAAUGAUGAUGAGAAUUUAAAUAGACCAGUGGAGGACAGUGAUCUAUUAAAAGCUUCCAGGUCCGUUGGUAAUGAAUUCUGGAUGCUAGGCAUUGAACUUGGUUUGACAAAUGAGCGAAUGAACGAGUUAUAUGCUGAAUGUAGAAAAGAUCACUGUACAUUCAUUUACAGAUACAUGGCAGAAUGGAGGGAAAGCGAAAACGAAAAAGCAACUUUACAACGGCUUUAUAGAGCCAUGAAUGCUGCACAAUUGUACAGCUCAAAGUAGAAACAAAAACAGUCGUCGUACAGAAGUGUCACCAAGUCGGCGCUUUACCGUUUCAUUAUUACUAUUGUUAUACACUCGUAAGAAUAGGUCGGUCAAAAUAGCUCAAUUUUAAUUGGUAUAACAUUUCAAAAAGCAGAGAAAAUUGUGUUUUUGCAGAUGCAUUAAAAAUGUCUUCUUCAACAAUGAUAACGACAAUUUAAAUAAGGAUGUAGAUUUAUUUUGCAAACUGUUGCAUUUGGAACAAAAUGUGUGAAAAGAAUAUUAAGUUCUGAACUAGCACUUGAUUUUGCCCAAAUAAUAAGUUUGUUUCACAAAUACUUACAUAAUAAUUGAAAAGAUAUUUUACAAAAACGUCAGUGGUUAAUUUGGGAAUUAUAUUUUUAAGACUUGUGUUUAUGUUUAUGUCAAAUUGCGACAUAUAUAAUGCAGAAAUGUUUGUUUUAAACCACUUCAUGUACAUUAACAUUGUUUGGCUAUAUUUUAUGGUUAUUUGUUGAAGCAGUUAAUGUAUAUUUUAAGUUGGUGAAAUAUUGAUUUUGUGCAAAUGCGCACAUGAAAUUGAUUCAAGUGAAAUAUUCACACAUGUUUCUAUUUAUUAACUUUGGUUACGAUCUCCUAAAUGAAUCGUUGAGCAAGUUAACUUAGAAUAGAACUUUAUCGCAUGUGUAUUAAAGGAUAAAUAUGCCGUGUUUGAUAUUUCAUAUCUGCAAUCUAAAAUGUGUUUUAUUAGUUCUGCAAGCUUAUGUGUGAAGUUGAAUGAACCAUAAGCGACGCUAUUUUAAACCAUGAACGGGGAGGUAGCGUGAUGGGAAUGUGAAAUUUGUAUUGAUUUGCUUUCUAUUUGUAUAUGUGCUUUUCUAUAUAUUUCAAACAUAAAAAUACAUGUGUCGCCUAUUCAUAUUGAUAGGUCGAAGUCAGAAUUGGUUUUUUCCUUCUUGACAUGAAGGUCCUAAUUUAGGAAUCUAGUUUAAAGCUGAGGUGGUUCUUUUCACAAGUGUGAGGUAUUUAUCACACGUUAUAUUUAGAUUGUUAUAUAUGUUUGUAAAUGUGUGCAUGAUCCAUGCGUUCAUGGUAUCAAGUUUAAGAACGUUGACACUUACUUUUGAUGUACUUAAAACUGCGUUUGUUAAAUUUCUUUCUGUCAUGCUUUUGUUACAGUUUCUCAUAGCACCUUCAAUACUUUACCGAUCUCCCUCAUAUUUGGCAUGUAGGUACCUUGCAUGAACUUCUACCUUUUGAUGAUAUUUGAGGUCACUGGGGUCAAGGUCAAGGUCACCGAGGCUAAUAAUAGAUUUUCCGUCAUGCAUUUGUUACUUUACCGAUCUCUUUCAUAUUUGGCAUGUAGGUACCUUCCAUGGACCUCUACCUUUUGAUGAGGUUUGAGGUCACUGGGCUCGAGGUCACCAAGGCUAAUAAUAGAUUUUCCGUCACACUUUUCUUACAGUUCUUCAUAGGGCCUUGAAUACUUUACCGAUCUCUUACAUAUUUGCCAUGUAGGUACCUUACAUGGACCUCUACCUUUGGAUGAGGUUUGAGGUCACUGGGCUCAAGGCCACCGAGGCUAUUAAUAUAUUCUACCUUUUGAUGAGGUUUGAGGUCAAUGGGGUCAAGGUCAAGGUCACCGAGGCUAAUAAAAUAUUUUUUUAGGUGGUUAUAAACACAUAGAUACAAAGCGCAUCAUCGGGGAGCAUCCAUCAGUUUUACUGAUAUUCUUGUUUACAUUUGCUUUCAUUUUUCCACCACAGCUUCAGUUUUCAGACGAAUAUGGAAAGUAGGAGCAGCCGUAUCACACGGAAACCUUUUCAGUUUUAAGAUGUGUUGUAAAUUUAUCGUUUUUGUGCUCAUUUAUCUGUUUUGUAAAAAAAACUCCGUGAAUACCAUGCCUUGUUGCUAUACACAAAUGUUAGUGUCUAUUAAUUUGAGUUUUGCUACAAACAAUAUCUUGUAUAUUCAAUGUAAGAUAACACAAAAGUUAAAUGUAAACAAUAAUAAAUGUAAGGUAAUACCUUAUCGUUAUUUUAAUUCAUUCUGCCUGUACAUUUUAUAAAUUAUGUUUGUAUACUAAUUAAAUAAUAUUGAUAUCUAAAGGACUAAGCUUUUCAGUUCUGUAGAUAAUAAUGUAUCUUUUUUUUCAUAUCACAUCAGACGUGUCCGUCAAUGGGCAAAGUCGAGUUAUGAGGAAAAGAAUAAGCAAUGUUUUGUUCAUAAAAUAUAGACAAAGAAAAUAGUUUAUUAACGUCUCACUUGUGUACAUAAGAAUUGUAAACUCUAGAAAAUCAUUAUAUUUAUAUAUAUGUACAAAACCACUCUAAAAGAGUUACGAGAGACGAUGGUUCUAAAAAUUCUAAAAGUGUUCAACGAUUAUAUACAUAAUAUAAUCUUUCACAUUUGUUAGAAAUGUAAAAAAAAGAUCCUUAAGGAAAUUCGAUUUAAAAUGAUUAAUUUUUUAAAAAUAAAUAACAAUUAUAUCUGUUAGAAAUAUAAAAAAGAUCCUGAAGGAAAUUCGGUUUAAAAUUAUUACUUUUCUUAAAAUAAAUAAGAAAAUAUAUUAGCACACAAUACAGUAAGAGAAAAUUUCAAUUUGGACAUUAUAAACAGUUUUGUACUUAUGAAGUACAAAGUAUAUUAUUAUGAUAAACAAUUGACUAUGCGCACACAUUAAAUGGAUUAUAUAUGUAUACAUGUGGUUGCGUCGCCUCAUUAAAUUGUCAUGACAGGCUCUGGAUCUAUAUAAUUAUGUCUAUUAUAUGCUAUAAUUAUGAUAAGAUCAUUUUGAACAUCAAUUGUGGUUUUCACGCAUGUACGAACAUUGUUUUUCUAAAAAUGAAUAUGUGUACAAAAGGAACAUGAUUUGAAUUGUUCUUUCACAUAAUUUUAUGUCUGCUUCAAAAGUUGUUGUUUGUUAAACAUUCAUAAAAUGUCAUGAUUUAAAAACUCUUCUGUACUACUUAAAUAUAUUAUGGUAUUUUAUGUCCAUUUGUGUCUUAUAAUUCCACAAACAAAGUUUGAUAGGGGUUUAAACGAGUUAUACUGUCGGUCGGUCGGUUACUCCGUUGGUUGGUUGCUUGUUGGUUGGUUGGUCUCUUUAAAUGAAAUCUUUUAAGUUCGUUGAGCUAACCUCUUCUAGAUUGAUCAAGGGAUUUAAACUUUUUAAUAUGUCAUUGUCAUAUAGUUUCGAUAUUCAAGACAUCGUUUACAUCCUCAGUCGUUCACAUGCUCUCGAGCUCUUUACCCUCGAUGUUAGCCAUUUUAAGCCUAACAUGUUAAAAGUGUGUAGAGCUAUCUACGUAAAAUUUCUCAAUAUUUUGAAUGGAAACAUAAAUUUCGUCAUCACCAUGAAGUGGAGAUUUUCUAAUUUUCUUUCAAUUAUCCAGUAAUCCACACGUUCAUGAGUCAUGUUCCUACAACUUAUUUAUUUGUAAGGCAUAUGUACAAAUGUCCUAAGUUUUUGGAGCCUUUACAAUUUUGAAGCGAUUGAAUUUAUACAUGAAAAGUACUUCUUCUUUUUAUUAUUAUUGUUGUUGUUGAUGAUGUUCGUAUUAUUUUUGUAUUGGUAUAUUUACUAAUUUUUGUAUUGACCAAAAUGACUCUGUUUGAUUUGUAUUAACAUAAGAAUACAUAACAAAACUGUUUUUCAUUACUUUGUAAAUAAUUAUCAGCGAAAGAACAAAAAAGUAUA